UAAAGUGAUUUAAAAAUGCUUUCUAAUUCGCGUUUUUUGUUAGUUGGACUUUGUGUAGUGAUCCUCUUGCUUGGUAACUGCUCGGGAAAGCGCAACUGGGAGUACGAGCUGGUUUCCCUCACCCCGUAUUCCUCAGACGAGGCCCUACUGAAUACGUCAGGACGAGUGGAGCGUAUUAAAAGAGGCGAGUUUGGUUUGACAAUCGGAAUCGAUCUUAACUAUGUUAUGGACGAAACAACUAUGAUUGAAGCGACUGCUGAACGCAGUAACACAGGAGAUGAAAGUGACUAUAAACCAAUACCCUGGACUAUACCAUUGCAGACACAUCCAGAAUUCAUGAAGGAAUAUUACAAUGAUAUAGUUACAACGAAUCUGGGUCCGUGUUCCAAUUUACCAGCAUAUGAGGACGAUUAUACACCGCCAUUUCCCCAGGGUAACUACCUUAUGGAGAAAUGUAUCCCCAAUGGUGAUGGAUUUCCGGAAAUUGCACCUGAAGGAUUUUACAGAAUUCAAAUCAAAUUCACAGGACCGGUGGACUGGGGAUAUAUUUGUAUUGUGAAGGUCACGACAAAAGUGUUGUGAAAUGAAUAUUGAGUACUGAAAAAAAUGAAUAUCAGAUAUAUCAAUCAGGAAGAAUAUUGUUAAAUAGUUUGUAAAUUGAAUAAAGCAACCUCUAAAAAUCAAA